UUGCUGCCAUGGCGGGCCUAGCUGGUCUUCCCAGGCCAGCUGCCCAGUGCCAAGCCACCACAAAACGUACCUUUCCAAGGAAAGCCUAGGUAUUUCCUAAAAGUUCGUUUCUUGGCAUCAGGCCCUAGUAGGGAUUGGUCAGCGAUCUGGCGUGGCUGAGCUGGCUUGUCCGUCCUUUGCACCGUCCAGUGAGAUAAAAGAUGCGAUAGGCCGCAUGUUGGUGUUUACCAGGGUCUAGAGACACCAUGAGUGAGGAGCCGCAGUUGGUGGUGGGUGGAGAGGCGAGCGCUGAGAGGCAGCAGCCUGAUGGUGGUGGCAAUGAAGAUCCAUUGGAUGCUGAGAGGGCAGCUAUGGAGCUGUUGGAACCACUUGAGAGGGUGCUGAUGGCAAGCCUUCUAGACAUGGGGUGGAAGAUUGGGCUGAAGCCAGGGAAGAAUGGUUCAAGCAAGCCGACUAGUCCAAAGCUCAGCUUCAUAAGCCCAACAAACCAGGUCUUCGAUGCCUGGGAUGAGGUUACCCAAUUUUUUGGGCAGACCAGCGAACAAGAGGGCUGGUUCGCCGGUGGGUCAAACUUGGCAGUGGGCAGGAACAAGGAGGACUCGGCACUGCCGGGCACAGAAGUGGGCGGCGCAAGCAGAAGCGAGCCUUCAGAAUUAGGGUUUUUGGAACAAGGGGCCGAGGCAGCAGGGGGCAUUGAGCAGGCUGAGAAGCAGCAGAGGCCUUUGAACGGUGUCAUCCAUUCGCUAGAGCCUGGUGCAGCGGGUCCUUCCCAGGGUCCUCUCCAAACGUCCCUCAGUCAGGAGCCUGAUCUGCUUUCCACUUUAGAGGAGGCUGGCACUGUUCACGCCGAGGAGCUUGCUCUCGCUGCUGAGAUUAUGAAAGAGCUGGAGGAGAGGAAAGAGCGGUUGCUGCUGUCGGCGCCAGAACCGAGCCCCCUCCCUGUAGCAGCUGCCAGGCGCUCCCCUCUCCCCCCCCCAAUGGCAUCAGCCUCUCUAGAGGGGCAUCCUUUGGUUUUCCAAGGCUUCCAGCCUGCAGCCGUAGGCGCUCGAGGUUUUCCGAUUGCUGCGCCGGCAAAGGCAUUUGGGGGCCAGAACUUCAAUGUUGCGGCAGGCAGGCCAGAAUCUAACCACAGUGGCUCCACUCUAGAGGGGAACAGCAAGGGGGGUUUCGUGUAUGAGAGAAAGGACGGGGUCAAGGUAUACCACAAAGAGGCCUGCAAGUGCCGCGGUUGCACUGCCAAGCGGAAAAGCGGCGAGGUCCCCGGCCCUCCGAGCUUGAGCCCGGAGGCGCUACCUGGGCCUCUUGCUCUUGUUGAGAGGCCCAACUUUUUGCAAAGUGCAGUCCUGCCGGCACUACCAUGGGAGCUCACCGGAGACAGGUGGGGGGGAGGGGAGACGACUCCAGUUCUUGACGAGGCGGCAGCGGCUGUGGCUGCUGCGGUGCGGAGCCUAGAGUUGCAAGGGGUGGAGGUUUCGCCCCAGAAUCUGAACGGGCUAGAGAUUAUCCCAGGCUUGGCUACUCAGCGGUUUGACCGGGGUGACGAGUACCUCACAGCCGAUGAGUCGCCGCAGGGAUCGGUGAGCCUCGAGGGGGGUUUGGGGGGCUUGGCCGGUCAAGAGGAUGACACGGCGUUCUGGCAGACACGAGGAGGUGAGGAGGAGGCAGGGGAUGACGAUGGGGCAGAGGGUUCUGACGUCGAGGACCUCGACGUGUUUCUCCCACGGAUCAUGGAACAGACGGGGUUCACACCAUUGUUGGCGGGGCAAGACGCAUUUAUGGGCUUUGGCCCCGAGGCAUAUGCCGCCAUGCAGGCGGCUGUGCCUGUGGCUGCAGAAGACCAGUCGGCGCUUGUCCUCUAUGAGCCCCUCCGCUCCGAGUUGGACCACCUGUCAGCCGAACAGCAAGAGGCUCUCGACUUGGGCACGACACGCAAGCGCAACGCAUACCUGUGCAAGCGGUGCGGCCAAAUAAAAAAGGGGCACAAGUGUAACCCCGCUGCAGCCCGCACCUCCUCGCGGCGCUCCUUAAGCGGUCCCCCCAGCCCCGACGCGACCCCAGAGGCCCCGCUCCCCCCACCAGAACCCGUUGCCCGGCCCCCAGUCGAACCCCCUAAGCCUCCUCCGGCCAGCCCCUCGCUCCAACCGUACAGCUUCUCCAGUCUUUCUAAACCACCCCCGCCGCUUCUUGACGACCUCCAGUCUUUCUUUUCCUCCCCCCGCGAGGAGCCCCCCCGGGCCGCGGUUCCGAGCGCUUCGGAGCGGCCGACGGUGCUCCAGUAUGCCGGAUACCGGCCGUCUAAAGCGGCGUCGGCAGCGGCGAUCGUAGCGGUGGGGGGGCAGGGCUGUCCGAAAGUGGUGCUUCCCAAGUUCAAGGACCCCCCCACCAAUGCGCGGCUGCUGUUGGCGACGGGGCUGCUGGAGGGGCAGCAUGUGUCGUACAUCAUGCAGAGCGGGAAGUUGCUGCUGACGGGCUGGGUUAAGGGCGGGGGAGUCAUUUGCGACUGCGAAAAGUGCAAGGGCAACUCGUUGGUCAGCCUGUCCGAGUUUGAGAAGCACGCGGGCAGCGUUGCGCGCCACCCGAGCGACUACAUCUUUCUCGACGACGGCCGCAACCUGCGCCAGCUGGUGGAAGACGCUCAGGCGCUGGCGGCAGGGCGCAUCGUCAUGUCCAACGAGAUUGUGACCCGGGAGGAGGUGCCAGCUGGCGCGCUGGGACUAGACGCGGUCGCGGAGGGCGCGUGCAGCGCCUGCGGGGAGGAGGGCAACGUGCUGCGGUGUUCGUCGUGUAGUAGAGAAUACCAUGCAGAGUGCGUGGGGCUGGAGCGCCCCCCGUCUGCUUCCGCGCAGUGGACCUGUCCACGCUGCCAGGGGGGGGCCGGGCACGGCAUCUACCGCGGCCCCCCCAUUGCGCGGCUGGUCCACCAGUCUCCGGCGACCAUCCGGCGAAGGACCCCCUCCAACGUAUUCAGCCUGCUGUUCACUGACAAUGGGCUGCCUGACGGGGAGGCGGUGUCGUACCGGAUCAGGGGGGAGACGAUCCUGGCGGGCAAGAAGGCGCGCGGCGGCAUCGUGUGCGGGUGCUGCAGCUCCAUCGUAAGCCCGUCCACGUUCGAGCAGCACGCCGGGAAGGGCGCCCGCCGUAAUCCAUACACGUCCAUCUUCGUCGACUCUGCCGACAUCCAUCUAAAGGAUUAUGCGCAGCGGGUCGAGGCGCAGGGGGGCCCCUCGCGGGGCGAGGCGGAAGCGGAGGAGUGCGCCGAGUGCGGGGACGGCGGGAACCUGAUCCUGUGCGACGGGUGUCCCAAAGGGUACCACCCCGAGUGCGUCAGGCUGAGCGCCGUCCCGAAGGGCGACUGGUUCUGCGGCAGCUGCGACAAGCCACGCAUUGCGGCCGCCAAGGCCAAGGCGGCGGCACACCCCGCGGGGGGCAGCAACGCGAGCGGCGCGAGCGACAUGGUGGCGCGGUGCGCGCGGCUGCUGACGGAGGUGGACACGACGACGGGGGGGUGCAUCCUGUGCCGCAUGCAGGACUUCAGCAAGACGUUCGGGGACAGGACCAUCAUCCUCUGCGACCAGUGCGAGCGCGAAUUCCACGUGGGCUGCCUGCGCGAGCACGGCGUGGCUGACCUCAGCGAGCUGCCGGAGGGCGACUGGUUCUGCGGCGGGGAGUGCGCGCGCAUCAGCGCGCAGCUGCAAGCGCUGCUGGAACGGGGCCCGCAGGCGCUGCCGAAUUACGUCAUGGCGGGGGGCAAGCCGGUGGAUGACGGCCGCGAGAGGACGUGGCAGCUGCUCAGAGGGCGCCAGGGGAGCAAGGACAACGGGAAGGUGCUCGCGGCCGCGGUGGACAUCCUCUCGCGGUGCUUCGACCCGAUCAUCGACUGCGCGAGUGGCGAGGACCUGCUGCCCAUGAUGGUGCACAGCCGGCAGACCAAGGACCACGACUUCAGCGGCAUGUACUGCCUCGCGCUGCGCGCCGCGGGGAAAGUCGCCUCCUGCGCCGUCAUUCGCGUGUUUGGGAACAAGCUCGCGGAGAUGCCCCUCGUUGCUACCAGCCUCGACGCUCGCCGCCAGGGUCACUGUCGGGCGCUGAUGACGGCUACUGAAUGGCUGCUGACGACGCUGGGGGUUGCUCGCCUGUCGCUGCCAGCCGCAGAGGGGGCGGAAGACACGUGGCAGACCGGGUUUGGGUUCAACAAGAUGUCCCAUACAGACCUCCAGAAGUGGCGUGCGGAGCUGCAGGCCCUGCUAGUGUUCCCCGGCGCCUCCAUGCUCGAAAAGGUGAUCCCCCCACUUCCCGGGAUGGCGCGCCCACAGCCGUCGCCCCCAUCUUUGCACCCGCGCCAGCUGUCGGGCCGUGCCGCGGGAGAAGGGGGGGAGCGGAUCAUGGGGCGGCCGAUUGAGGAAGCCCUGGCGGCAGCGGCGGAAGCACGCAGCCGCGGGAUCAGCAAGGGGAAGAGGAGCAAGACGAGCAGGAGCGGGCAAGGUGCCUCAUCGGCUCAGGAUGAGGAGGCGUCAGGCCCCGCCGCAUCCAGCCACUCCACUGAGGAGGACGCCCCCAUCCUAGUUCAAUUUGGGCGCAAGAAAACCCCCCAGCCGGCAGAUUCCGACGACUCGGUGCCCAUUGCUCAAAUGCACCUGCAACUGUCGGAGGCCCAGUCGCCCGGCAAGAGGAAACGGGGCCGCCCGCCGGGUAGCGGAAAGCCAAAAGUCAAAAGCAAGCGGGGGCGACCGAGAAAGCUGCCUGUGGAGGGGGAGAGUCGCCCGGAAGAGGCGACGCGGGAGUCGGACGGGGAGAGCGUGGAUCUGGGCGGAGAUGGGUUGCCACCGGCGGCAAAGAAAAGCAGAACGGAGGGAGAAGGAGGGGUGUUGAAUCUGGAGGGGGUGGAGGGAGGGGCGAAAGUGUCGCCGAUCCAGUUGCAAAGGAAGGCGCUGCAACAUACGCGGCCCCGGUCGAUUCUGGGGAGACAACAAGCGAAGGGGUCGGGCGGGGAAGAUGGGACGGAGUCGAAGGGAGAGAGAGAAGGCCCGCCGGUGGACAAGGCGACGAUGUUCCUGGCGAACGUGCAGAAGUUCAAGGACAAGAAGCGGCAGCGGAGGGAGAAGAUGCUGGCGGCGCGGCUGGCCAAGAUGGGGGGGGAUCCCCCGGAGGGCGCGGCCGAGAAGGUGACGUCAGCAAGCGAGGCGUCGAGCAGGAGCACGGGGCUCAAGGGGCCGCGCAGCAAACGGCGCGCGCGCGUGUUUGUGCCGGGGGCUGAGUUCUGGCUGCCGGGGAGGGAGGAGGAAAGCGAGGAAAAGCAGAAGCCGAGCAAAAAGAUGCGGGUCGUGACGGAGAAAAAGCACAAGGCGGAGGUCGAGAGUGGGGCGGCGGAAAAAGAGGCGCUGGUUGUGCCAGAGGGGGGAAGCAGUCCGGCGAAGGGCUCGCGAAGAAAGAAGCAGAAGAAAGCAGGAGGAGAAGAGCAGCAAGACGGUGGGGGGAGCACCGCGUCAGAAAAGGCGCGCGAUAGUGCUGUGGAAACGGCGGAGGCGCUGCGGGAAGUUCGCGUGCUAAGCAAAAACCUGGAGCCUCACACGGGGGGUGACGAAAAGGACGGGGGAGGUCAGAAGAGCGGACGAGAAGCAGCGCAGCGCGGGACCGCCGAUGGGGAAACGGCAGGCCGAGACCAGGAAGCGGAGGGAAAAGGGGCCAAGAAGCGGAGACGAAUGGAGAACGCCGAGACUCCAGCGGGGGAAAAGAAUUUCACAGAAGGGGCGAAAGGUGUCCAAGGGGAGAGUAACAAAGAGGCGGAAGGUGUUGACGGGGAGACUUUUGUGGAGCAGGAAGAGGCGGGAUCAAAAGAAGGGGCCGAAGAGGGCACUGCUGGAAAGGAAGUGGAAAAGAGGAGGUCGCGAAAGAGAGCGCGACAGUGGGGAAAGCGGAAACGGGCGCCGAGGAGUGGCGGCGACGAAGGCACAGAGCCCGUCGCAAAGGAUUCGGUGGUCGAUAUUGAUUUUAAGGGGGAUAGCAGACCGGGGGACGAAGUAUCCCCCCAGCAAGAGGAGCAGAUUGGCCAGACAAGGAAACACGGUCGAAGCGAGCGGACCGGGACGGCUCAGAUGGCUGCUGUUAGCGAGGGGACUGCCGCGAAAGGUGAUUCGAGCGUGCAAGGCACGAAGAACGGGUUGACUGGACACGGCAAAGGGGUCGGUAACGGAGGGCAAAGAGUUGCGGAGCUGAGCGGGGGCUUGGAGACAAAACAAGCAACGGGCCGAAGUGCUGAAGAAAGGCCGGGGGGGCUGGUUUACCGCAGAAAGAAAGGCAGGGGGGCGCAGGAAAGGUGGCGAGAAGCUGCACCGGAGGCGGAAGCUGCCCUCGUAAAAGAGACGGUCGAGACGGAGAUUGUGUUUCAGGGGGCAAAUGCUGCUGCAGGCAGAGAGGGGGGGCGAGAGCAGACAAAACCGCGGCCGAGCGGAUUGCUCGUCAAGGGGGUAAAGGGCUUCCUGAUGAGGCAACCCGCAGCGUCACCCCCUGCUGAUGUCAUCCCUGAGCCGCCAGCAGCCUCGGUGUCCCCAACCGGCGUGCUUAGCGAGAAGCAGGCGAAGAAGAGGCUCGAUAAGGCUGCUGAGAAGAGGGCGAGCGGAGUGAUUGUUAAGGGCGUCAAAGGGUUCCAGAAGAAGAAGGGUCCCGAACCUGGGCCGGUGGUUGGCAGCCAGGAAGUGGUACUGGAGGGGGGGACAGGUGGGGAAGUGUUGGAGGCAGGAGGCAACCAUGACAGGGAGGAAGGAGAAGCGGUGACGGGGAGGGACGCGUUGCCUCAGGAGGAGAGUGCGCCAGAAAUGGGCAUAGGAGACGGGCCGGGGGUAGAGGAGGCAGUGAAGGGCGGAGAGGGCGGGACAGAGCCGGCGGAAGUGAAAGUUGUGGAGAGUUUGAGAAGGGUGGGCGGUAAGGGAAAGAAGAAGAAGAAAGGCAAACAUGUACGCAAACCGCCGGGGGAGGUUGAAGUGGUUGAAGAAUUGGUGGUUCGGUUAGAUCAGGAGGCUGCUGAUGGCGGGCUUGGCAAAGAAGGGGCUGACGCAAGCGCUUUGUCGCUGGAUGGUGCUGUUAGCGAGAGAGGAUCAGGGGAACAUGCUGAUGGGCGCAAGGGCAGGGAUGGGGAAAAGGGACGCGAAGAACAGGGGGAGAAACAGGGAGUUCCCAAUGGGGCCGGCAGAAAGUUCAGAGUGCCGCGCGAGUUGCAAGCGCUGCAGGCUGCCCCGGGGACUGGUGCACCGGCAGACGGGAGCAAGGGUGCAAAGGCCUUUGCCGGCUUUUUGUCGAGUACUAGACAGAGGGUGCGCUAGCCUAUCCUGCCAGUUGAAGGAUUGCUUGGUAAAGAACAGUGGCAGCAUUGAUGCUUCCAAAGAUACACGAAGUGCCAGCGUUUAAAACCGGAUGUCAAGACGAAUGACUUCGACCUUGGCAGGAGUUCUUGUAGUCCGCUUGAAAUAAAGCGACAGCCGAGGUCUGCACACGACCUUGAGUGCAAGCUCGAGUGUUCGCUGUGAUCACGCUUUUGAUGUGAAGGGAUUUCGAAACCAG